UUUAUUUUUUAAAAAAAAUGAAAUUUCAUUUAUUAAAAUGGGACUUUAUUUUCAAAAAUAGUUUACUUAAUUUAAGCAAAGAUCUGGCACUAUCAAUUUUCAACACAAAAAUUAAUUAUUUUUUACUUCUUACCCCAAAACUCUACCAAGUCAAAAGGAAACCUUAAAGCUUGCAUGGUAAAAGUGCGUGUAUAUAUAUAUACACACAUAUAUAUUUAUAUAUAUGUAUACGAUGAUUGUAAGUAGGCAAAGAAACAAAUCCAUAGCAAAAAUAUUAUCCAAUGUAUUCAACAAAGUUUCUCCUUUCUUCUUUUUAUUUUUUUUUUCUUUAAUUUUUGCUGAGGAUCAAGAAAGUUACAACCCAGCAGCAAAAAUGUCAUCACCUGCUACAAAAUUGCGUUUACACAUUCAAAAUCACCAUGUUGUUUUAGAAAAUGGCAUCCUUAAAGUCACGAUAUCGAAACCAGGCGGCAUCGUCACUUCCAUUGAAUACAACAACAUCGACAAUCUGCUCGAGGUUUCCAACGACGAAUCUAAUCGAGGUUAUUGGGACCUUGUUUGGAGUCCUCCAGGAAGCACUGGGACUACAGGAACAUUUCAAGUGAUACAUGCAACACAUUUUAAGGUAGUGGUGAAAACAGAUGAACAAAUAGAGCUAUCAUUCUCAAUAACAUGGGAUACUUCUCUCCAGGGCAAGCUUGCUCCUUUGAACAUUGACAAAAGGUUUGUAAUGCUUCGUGGCGCGUCGGGUUUCUAUACUUACGCGAUUUACGAGCAUUUGGAGGCAUGGCCCGGUUUCAACCUUGAUGAAACAAGAACUGUAUUCAAGCUUAGUAAAGACAAGUUUAAGUAUAUGGCUAUGGCAGACAAUAGACAAAGGUAUAUGCCAUUACCAGAUGACAGGUUACCUAAUAGAAGUCAACCAUUGGAAUAUCCAGAAGCUGUUCUCCUAGUCAACCCUAUAGAGCCUGAAUUUAAAGGAGAGGUGGACGACAAAUACCAAUACUCGGGUGAAAAUAAAGAUGUAAAAGUUCAUGGAUGGAUAUGCAUGGAACAUGGUGUUGGCUUUUGGCAGAUUACUCCUAGCAACGAGUUUCGAACCGGUGGGCCCACCAAACAGGAUCUUACUUCUCAUGUGGGCCCAAUUACUCUUGCGAUGUUUGUUAGUGCACAUUAUGGAGGAGAAGAUGUAGUGCUGAAAUUUGGAGAAGGGGAGAGUUGGAAGAAGGUGUUUGGUCCGGUUUUUUUCUAUCUUAAUUCCGCAGCGCAAGAUGACGAUAUUACCCUUUCGCUUUGGGAAGAUGCCAAACGACAGGCGUCGGAACAAGUUGAGAGCUGGCCUUAUAGUUUUCCGGCUUCGGAGGAUUUUCCGAAGGUGGAGGAGAGGGGCAAUGUUACUGGAAGAUUAUUAAUUAGAGACAGGUGUAUGAGUGAUGAUUGUAUAAUGGGAAAUGGAGCUUACAUUGGAUUGGCUCCACCAGGUGAAGUUGGUUCUUGGGAAAGAGAAGGCAAGGGCUACCAAUUUUGGACAAGAGCAGAUGAAACGGGCAAUUUUACGAUCGGCAACAUCCGGGCCGGCAACUACAAUCUCUAUGCAUGGAUGCCUGGAUUUAUCGGAGACUACAAAUACGAAGAUUCCAUUAGCAUAUUCCCAGGGUGCAAUAUUGAUACGGGCGAGCUGGUGUACGAGCCCCCGAGAGAUGGGCCCACAUUGUGGGAAAUCGGCAUUCCUGACCGUUCUGCCGGAGAAUUCUACAUUCCUGACCCCAACCCGAAAUUAGUCAACAAACUUUAUGUUGACCAUCCAGACAGGUUCAGACAAUAUGGACUAUGGGAGAGAUAUGCUGAGUUAUAUCCUGAUGGAGACUUGGUUUAUACAGUUGGGGAGAGCAAUUAUGCCACGGAUUGGUUCUUUGCCCAAGUUAACAGAAAAACGGUUAAAAAUACAUACAAAGCAACGACGUGGCAAAUUAAGUUCAAGCUCGACGCAGUCGAGCCAAGCGGAACAUACAAAUUAAGAUUAGCACUUGCAUCAGCAGCACAAGCUGAGCUUCAGGUCCGAGUCAAUAAUCCGGAUCGGAAUAUUCCAGCAAUAUUCUCGACUGGAUUAAUCGGGAAAGAUAAUGCAAUCGGCCGACACGGGAUUCACGGGCUGUACUGGCUGUUCAGUGUGGAAAUAUUGGGCUCUUCACUUGUUACAGGGAAUAACACAAUUUAUUUGACGCAAGCAGAUGCCACAGGCCCGUUACAAGGAAUCAUGUAUGAUUAUAUCCGUUUCGAAGGAAUUUGAUCAUUGAUUAAUUUUGAGCCCGGCCCGGUUCGGCCAAUACUAAUCCAUACAAAUUCAAAAAAAAAAUAUGAUGAUAUAGUUAAUAAGAUAAUCUGUUUGUUAUUUAAUUAAUUAUUUAAAUUUA